AUGACGACGACCACGCUCAACCCCGACAUAUUCCAGCUUGUCCUCGAUGUAGUCCGCGGAAAGAAAGGCCAGUGGCAGACGGUCAGCGACAUCUUUCUCUCGCGCAACCUACGUUUGGUCAACCGGAAUGCGAAUGCACGACUGAAGGAUCUCCCCAGUCGACAUAUCAGGAUUCCAAACACGAACGAGCUGAUUCAUGUAAUGGAAUGGGGGAUACGGGGGAUGCCGAACUACGACGAUUACGAGGUUAUGCAUAUCAUCGCCGAUAAGAAGGGCUAUGCGGAGCUCUACGAGAGCAUGUUCGUCAUGCUCAAUGAUUGCAGACAUCUCAAGAUGCUCGUCAUAGACAUGCGGUCAUUCGACGUCGACGAACUCGAAGAGCGCACUCGCUUCGCCCAGUGCCCAAACUCGAUCUCGCAACUCGGCUUCCUGACCUCUGGCCCGAUCCAAGGAAUGAACUUCUUCCUCGACUCCUUCCUCGGCAACGGGCCCCACGUCAAGCUCGCUAUCUGCUGGGUGCCAGUUGCCUCGAUAUUCACGAGGCCUCGGGCUUUAUAUAUCCAACUGGCGAUGUUCAUAGACGAGACGGUCGAGGUGUGGAACAUUACACUGUUCAAAUCCUUCCUCAGACAGUUCCCCGCCGGAGGCUGGGUCCGCAUCGUAUACGGCGAGCGUGAAGACGAGUCGGAGCUCCCAUAUCUCAGGGAAGCAAUGGCGAAGGACGAUACUCCCCCCCUUAUUACCAUCGAGGACCUUCAGCCACACCCGGCUCUUGGCAGCAGGCUUAGAUGGUUCUCGAAGCACACAUUGGAUGGGACGAUAUGGGACGUUCAGGACUCUGACUACCCGAGGCCGAUCUAUCUGUACGACGUGCUGUAG